AUUUGUUCCUUUUCCUUUCCGUCCUGCUUUUUAUUUGCUUUGCUCGCUCUUUCCUAGAUCCUCUUUAUGUCGGGCACUUUUGCUCUUUCUUAAUUGCGUAAAGUAUAUUUCGACCAAAGAAACAACUUGCUCAAAGUAUUCGCUUUGGCGCUAUGUUAUCGUCCUCUUCUCCAAGUUCAAUGCUUUGCCUGUUGCUGGCCAUGUUCUCCAUCACGGGUCAUCGACAGUUCGUCUAGAUUGUGUAUUUCCAGCAAUCGCAUGUCAUUGCUAAUGUUUGCUGGGUUGUGAGCCGGAGCUUCUCGGGAAUAGGAAUAUGUUCUGGGAAUGAAGUCAUGCACUCUAUCUGAUGAAAUUGUCCAUUGAGAGGGGUGUUGCUCAAAUGGAGAAAGUUUUCUUCAGUUUGAAGAAAAUUAAUAAUUUGCCCACUUGACCGAAAGUAAAGAAAUUAAGCAACACAGAGGCGGGGGUUUGGAGAGAGAAGAAGGGAAAAGACUGGGGAACUUAUUUUAUCUCUUUUGACACCUGUCAUAUGGAAUUUGCAAUCUAAAUUUGGUCCUCGAGCAUACAAUGGGGAAUGAAAGCAGUUGGAGUGGCAGUCAAUGUUUAAGUACUCUCAGCAAUUUUUUCAGGAAAUACCUGUUUCGUGUUUUAUCAUGUGGAGCUAUUCCCACUCACAUUGCUUUCAUUAUGGAUGGAAACCGGCGGUUUGCUAAGAAACAAAACAUGGUUGAAGGCGAGGGCCAUAGGGCUGGUUAUGAAUCCCUCAUAUCUAUGCUUAAUUACUGCUACGAACUUGGGGUCAAAUACAUCACGGUGUAUGCCUUUAGCAUUGAAAACUUUAAGAGAAAACCUGAGGAAGUCCAAUAUCUGAUGAAUCUGAUGAUAGAGAAAAUCGAUGAAUUGCUUCAAGAUGGAAGCAUCAUAAAUCAGUAUGGGAUGAGGUUGUACUUCAUAGGAAACCUGAAACUUCUAAGUGAGGAGGUCAGAGUCGCGGCAGAGAAGGCAAUGAAGGCCACUGCCCACAAUACCCGGGCUGUGCUUUUGAUAUGUGUGGCGUAUACUUCAUAUGACGAAAUUGUUCAUGCUGUUCAAGAAUCCUGUGAAGAGAAGAUGAAUAACAUUCAAGCAGAAAAUACUGUCAAGGCAGGUCGCAAUAGCACUGAGCAAAAUGGAAGUUGUGAGAAGAUGAAUGGUGUUUGUCCCCCUGAAAUUCAAGACUGCUGUAUUCAUGAAGUGCAUGGAACUGUAAUACUAGGGAAAAAUGAGAUACACUGUAACGGGUUCAGCAAAUUGGAGACAAGCGAAAAGAAGAAUGGAGUCAUUAAGCGUGCUGUUCCGGGAUUUCAUGGAGACAAGUGGAAUGAAGUUCAGGAAUCCAUGCAAAGCCAAUUGUCCAAAGGCACUAUUGAAAGUAGUGAAGAUGGUGAGACGGUACGAGAAAUUAAACCUCUCAUAAAUCUGGUGGACAUCGAGAAGCACAUGUACAUGGCAGUGGCUCCUGAUCCGGACAUUGUGAUCCGGAGUUCUGGGGAGACUCGUCUGAGCAACUUCCUGCUGUGGCAGACUGGCUACAGUCCCCUGUACUCUCCGGCUGCGCUCUGGCCGGAGAUCGGGCUGUGGCAUUUGGUGGGGGUGGUGUUGCACUACCAGCGAAAUUACUCGUAUCUGCAGAAGAAGAGGAAGCAGUCAUGAGAUCAUAUUUCUCGCACCUCAUGAAAGUAGGUGACAGUUUGCUCUUGCUUUGGAUCUCUCUGCGGCCUUGAUAGCUAGCGAACUUAGAUGGUUCAGCUGCGAUUUUGCGUUUUACUUAUAUAGGACUGCAACUCGUUGAGGGAGGGAAGGAGCAGUCCGGUUGCUCUUGUUUCUCUCCUCAAACCGGUUGACUUGCUUGAUACUUGAUCAGCUCCUCACUUACCAUGUCGAUUAUCAAGUAACGAUGGAAUGAUCCACUGAUGGAAUAAGCUGGAACAGCCCCAGCUGUUCGCAGGCACAUCCGUAACAUUAAUUUUUAUCAAUACUAGAUAAGAGGUGUCACUUACAUGAACGGCAUACUUUGAAAGAAAAUCUUUUUUUUUUCGAAAAUAUGGAUGUCUCAGUUGCAGAAAUAGAAAAGUUAAAUUCCAGAAAUAUGAUGCUCAGAUUCUCAUUUGUUUCGUUGGGUCUGAAACUGGAUAAUACAAUUACAGGCUAAUACUUUCCUGGAGCUCAUAUCUAACAAUUUGGGGCUUCUGCUUCUACUUUA